AUGAAAGCAAUCCAGAUCCUGGGGGACAUCUCCUCCCCCCGAGUCGCCACCAACUAUGCAAUGACCAAACCAACCCCCCAAAAUGCCGAGAUCCUCAUCAGGGUCCACGCCGCCGGCAUCACAGGCGACGAGGUUAUCUGGCCAGAGCCCUACACCAGAGAAACCAGGAUCCCAGGUCAUGACAUUUCCGGCGUUGUAUCGGCACUCGGCCCAGACUACAACGGCCCACUGAAAAUCGGCCAAGAAGCUUUUGUUCUGAUAUCAACCGACCGAGGCGAAGGCCAGGCUGACUACGCGAUCUGUCGCGCAGACGAGGUCGCCUUGAAGCCGAAAUCGAUAUCUUACGAAGAGGCCGCUGCCCUGCCCAUUCCGCUUCUGACUGCGUGGGAGGCUCUGCUGGAUCACGGCGGUAUCAAGGCCGGCAUGAGAGUCCUGAUUACGGGGGCAUCGGGGGCUGUGGGGAUCCUCGCUGUGCAGCUUGCCAAGAAGCUGUUUGGUGUUGAGGUGGUGGCUUUGGCCUCAUCGCGCAACCACGAGGCGCUUCAAUCUGUCGGCGCGGAUGAGGUGCUGGAUUACAACACGAUAGGGUGGGAGAAUCAACUCGACAAAGUGGAUUUGGUCUUCGAUACAGUUGGUGCUGGUAUUCUAGAGAAGGCGUGGACGGUUGUAAAGGAGAAUGGAGCUAUUGUUACGGUCGGCGACCCGGCACCAGCAUGGGCGUUUGGACAGGGCGAGGCUGUUGAAGCCGCCAGCCAUCCUGGAGUUCGAUACAAACAUUUCAUCGUGUCCCCCAACUCAGAAAGACUGGGAAAGGCCGCUGAGAUGGUUGAUCAAGGCGUAGUCCGACCUUUGCUAGUGAAGGAAUUCCCUUUCGAAGAAGCGGAGCAGGCUUGGAACUAUGCUCGACAGAGGGCCCGGGGUCACAAGGUUGUCAUCAGUUUUGCUUGA